AAUCUGUAUACUUGUAUAGGUCUAUACUCGCUGUCCGUCACAGCUGUCCGUAAUCAUUUCCAAUUUCUAACCUAGAAAUUUUAAUUAAUAAUAUUAUAUUAAAUUUUAACCCACUCAAUUAAAAAAAGCAUAAUGACUGAUUUACCAGACUUUUCAAGUUCUAAAGGAGCUGAUUCUGAACUUCAGGAUUUCUUAUUGGUGGAAAAGCAAAAGGCUCAAUUUCAUGCUCAGAUUCACGAAUUCAACGACUUUUGCUGGGAUAAAUGUGUGGACAAACCAGGAUCAAAAUUAGAUUCCAAAACAGAAACCUGCAUCACAAAUUGUGUCGAGAGAUUUAUUGAUGUUUCGUUACUUAUUACAAAUAGAUUUGCUCAAAUGCUAGAAAAGGGAGGUGGCAUGCAGUGAACAUAAGUUAAUUAUCAUGUGAUGUGUUCAUAAAACAAAUGUUUAUUUGAAUAAAUAUAAUUGUUAAUGAGAAAUUGUAUCUUACAAUUUCCAAAUUUAUAGUUAUUAGUAGGUAGUGAUAUUGUUGCAUUAAUUUUUCAUUUUAGUCAUUUAAGGAAGGAUAUAAAUAAAAGAAGUUUUGGAUUA